UAUCCAAUUUUUAUUUUAGACAUUUCAGUUUACUAAAAAAAUGUGCAAACAAUAUACGUAAAUGAACAUAGUAAAAUUAAAAUAUCUUGAAAGCUGUAAAAUGCAUUAAAUACAUUUAAAAUAAGCGCAAACAUGAUGGAUGACUAUAGAAAUCUUCCGCCUGAAAGAAUUUCGUCUAUGCCGGGUAAAGAAGCUGCUGUCGAAAGAUUCAUGGCCGUGUCAGAUGAUAGGUUAAGCAGUCAGAUUUUUCAUGACGAUUGUGAUAGAUUUGACGUAGUGGUAACGUCACCCUCGAGAGACUUCAAAUAUUCUACUUUGGUCAAACCACCCGUGGUAUAUUUGCGUACUUCCAUUCGAGACGUUCUUGACGGUGUGGAAAAAUUCAAUAAAGGCUUUGACACACAAAAAACGAAUUCCUAUUGGAUUACUUUGCCCAGACAUGUUGUCGACGUGCGAAAGAUAUUAAUUCAGAAAUGUGUGCCCGCCAUUCCGUCGGCGUUGCCAUUACAACGCGUCCGACAUCGUAAUAAAGACAAAUCGAGAUUCGCAGAAGGAGCGCUCAUAACGAAAUUUUAUUCUGAAGGAUCGAUCUUUCUUAAGGAGAGCAUCGACGAUGUAAACGAGAAUAUGAGAGACAAGUUGCGAACGUCUCUCAGUGUGCCGACCGUUCCUGUCUUAGACAAAUAUAAAACAAAGAUAUAUGUUGCAAAAUCAGAUUCUGGUAUUCACGACGAGAAAGAUUUCAGAGAUCAUGCUACAAAAUGCACCGUCUACAAACAUAUAGAAGGCCAUUUCAAAACGAAUUUUAAACAGUAUGGUAAAGCUAAGAAGGACACAACAGUAUCUGAUAUACAUGAAUCAUUAUCUGAUUAUGAUUAUAAUAAAGAUAAAUUGUGUAUUGUUCUAAAACAUGCUUUAUCGCUAGAUCAAUCAUUAUAUAACAACAUUUAUAAUCAAGAUAUGAGUGUAGUCAAUAAAAAUACGAAUCAUAGAUCAACCAUAUCCAAAAGUUGUACAUUUCUUCGUGAAAAGAAAUGUUCAAAGCUUCAAUGUUCACAAUUCAAUCAUUUAGUAAAUCAGAUCUUGCAUUAAACCAUUUAAUUUAUAAUUAUAUUAAGUUUUUAUAAAUAUAUUUUAAAUUUUAUUGUAUACUAAUAUUUCA